GCCAAAACCCUGCUAGUGUAAGAGAGAUAAACCUGAGAUAGCAUAGCAUCGUCGCAUAGCAUAGCAUUACCUUCUGAAACCCAAAAAACUAAAAAAAAAAAAAAAAAAAAUGUCAGGUUCGAAGCUUACACUGUACGGAAUCGGAACUGUACUGUUCCGCACCCGUCGAACCGCACCUGUAACUGCCCCUUCGCCCUCUUUCUUCUUCAAACCCAUUCCCUUCCUCCGCCGUGCCUCCUCUUCCGCCGCCGUCGCCGCCACCCUACCCUCCGUCGACCACCCCUGGCCCGAAUUUGUCUCCUUCGUCGACCGCUUGAACGCCAAAGGUUACCUCCCCAAACCCUCCCCUUCCGACGACGCCGCCAGCGUUUACACCAACAUGAACCCUCUCAAGGACGCUUUCCUCAGCUUCGCGCGUGACCGUUACGACCUCUUCGGGUUGCUGCCGAUGAACGAUGUCCAAGCAGUUGUUGGGGGAGGGUGCCCUAAUCUUCUCCGUAAAGCUGUUAAUUCGGCUAAGAGGCUGAGAGCACACCUGCAAUUAGAUGAAGGAGAUGUUUGUAGUGCUUGCAAUCUACGAAGCUCCUGUGAUAGAGCUUAUAUGAUUCUAAAGGAUGUCGAGAUAGAUGCUCGAACUGUGGAUAUAGUUCGAAUACUUCUGUUCUACGCACUAGAUCCACUUGUCCUUUCUGGAGGAGACAAACCACCAGGCCGAGAAGUUAUUGAAUCAUCUGCCAGAAAACUUCUCUCUCAGCUGAUUGAGUUGAGUGAGUCAUCCCCUGCUCCCAUCCAUGCUCCUGCUCCUUCUCGUUCAAAGCCUAAUCAGUUGUCUAAAGAUGUAGAGAUGAAGAAAGGUGACUGGAUGUGUCCAAAAUGCGAUUUCAUGAACUUUUCAAGAAAUAUGCAAUGUCUGAAUUGUAAUGAAGAUAGGCCUAAGGAUAUUGACCCGCCUACUAUUCAAAUGAAGCCAGGAGAUUGGAUCUGUCCCGAAUGCAAUUUUUUAAAUUUUGCGAGAAACACACAAUGUUUAAAAUGCAAAACAGAGGGGCCAACAAAGGAAGCCAAUACUAAUGAAGUUGAAAGGAAAAAAGGAGAUUGGACUUGCCCACAAUGUGGGUUCAUGAAUUAUGCUAGGAACACAAAAUGUUUGCGUUGUCCCGAGGCAAGGCCCAAGAAACAUCCUGGGGAUUGGAAUUGUCCCGAGUGUGGGUUCAUGAAUUUUGCUAGUAAAGUGAAGUGUUCGCAUUGUCAAUUGCCAAACCCAAGUUCCAAGAAAUAUCCUGGGGACUGGAGUUGUCCCAAAUGUGAUUUCUACAAUUAUGCAAGAAACAUGGCUUGCCUGAAGUGCAAUACUGAACGCUCUAAAGAACAACCAGUCAGUGACUACGAGGACCAUGAAUGGAGACGAUCAAACUGAUAAAAAAAAAAAAAAAAGCAUCAAGCUUUUUCGAUCUUGGGGUCACAAUUUUGGUCUUGCUGUUACAAAUAUUUUGUUAUAGAUUUAGCGUGUGUUUGGUAUCCAUUUUUUAAAGCAACUUUUUCUUCUCUUUCCAAGUCUAAAUGUGAAUUUACGUGAAAAUUAAUAUUUAUGACUUCAAGUUAAACGUGAAAAUUCACGUCAGGACGCAAACACACACUUAUUCUCUA